UAUAAGCUUAGAAAUUCCCGGGCUAUAACGGUAGGAAAUAUCUUCAGCCUGAUUGGCGAGGCGGAGAUGAUGAUGAUGAGUUCUCAUUCCCUUCAAUUUGCGUUUCGCUCACGGGCGCACUGUCCCCACUUCAGAGGAAUUAGGGUUUCGGAAAACCCAAAAUUGACUUCUUCUACUUCUUCGCCAUCGCACGGCUUUUUUCUCCGCUCAAAUUCAAAACCCGUCUUCUAUGGUGGACUCCACUCUCAGCUCCGGCGACGGCUUGCUAAGGUUUCUCAAAGGAAUGCAACUUCCGAGUCCGAAGUUUCCACGUCUGCUUCUUUACGAUUGCCUAUUGCUGCGGAGGUGGUUAGGGAUUUCUAUGAUGGCAUCAAUCGCCGCGAUCUUGAAUCCGUUGAGUCUUUGAUUUGCGAGGAAUGCGUCUACGAAGAUCUUAUCUUCUCGAAGCCUUUUGUGGGCCGGAAGGCUAUUAUGGAGUUUUUCAAGAAUUUUACAGACUCUAUCAGCAGUGAACUUCAAUUUGUCAUUGAUGAUAUAUCUGGUGAGGGCACAUCAGCUACUGGCGUUACCUGGCACCUGGAAUGGAGAGGAAGGCCGUUUCCAUUUAGCAAGGGAUGCAGCUUCUAUCGCUUGGAUGUAUCUGAAGGCACCAGAAAGAUUAUCUAUGCUCGAGACUGUGUAGAACCUGCGGCAAAACCUGGAGCAGCAGCAUUGGCUAUCAUUAGUGCGGUUACUUGGCUGCUGCAACGAUUUCCACAGCUUGCUGAUAGAUUGUGAUGGAAAAAUCUUCUCAAACUCUUCAGGUCCUAAUCUUCGUUACAUCUGUAGUUUUUUGUAUAAAAUAUUAGUAUGCGUGUGAGUUAAUUGCAGGCUAUGAAAUUAUUGAUGAUAUUAUCAGAUAUCUCUGUUUAAUAUAGGUAUAAGAUCAUAAAAAUAUACAAAAAAAAAUCAAAAUCACUCGAAUGUUGCAUGUUUUAUGAGUUAAAUACUACCGCAACAACGAUAACAACAAGCAUUUAUCUCA